AUGGAAUCAUCACUCAUAUAUAUUAUGAUUUUACUUUUGAAUAUGUUUGAAUUUUUGCCAGGAAUAGUAUUUAAUAAAGGUGAGAAGGAGUACCACUUCACUUGUUACAAUGAAGGCUCGCCUACAGACAUUCAAAUAAUCAAGUUGUUCCUUUCCACUGACAAUUUGAAAGUCCACUGUUUCUUCCGAAGUGAAAACUCUGAUAUUUCAAGGGCAAUUCUGGGUAUUUUUACAACAGGAGGCAUUGCUCCCAAAAUGAUAGUCAUGAACAGCACAUACAAUUUUGACUUCCACUUUAACUUAUCUCUGUUCAGGAAUCAGUUGGUCUGGAUAAUUGAUAUUCCUAGAGAAAACAUCACAGUAAACACAGACAUCGCAGCUGUAGAACAAUGGAUAAUAAAGAUUACAAUGCAUGAAGGAUUAAACAUUUAUGAUACUGAAGGUACCCUACUGGAUCUUGUCCGAGAGCCUGUUCUUCAGUGGAGUCUUGGACCUAUCAUGAAUAGAACGCACGUCAUGGAAUUGUAUCCACAUGUGAUUGAUAUCAUAGUGACAAAGUGCCCCUGUGCCAAUGAUGUGGCAUUACUUGGCUUUAUUUUGAAUUCAACAUAUAAUGGUGUUUACAUAGGCAAAACCGUUUCUGGAUUUUGGAAAAAUAAUGAAACCGUAUGGUAUGACAUGACAGAUAUGAUCUAUACAGUCCUUAAAGAUGAACGCAGAGGGCUUACUGUGAUAGAUAUGACUUUAACAAAUCAUUUUUUAGUCAUCCUUACCUCGUUGGGUCUUUUUGUAAGUCCUGAUCUUCGUUAUCCAUCCACUUCACCCAUACAGCUUUCAAGAGCUGAGUUUUGUGGAUUUGAAAGGGACGACUAUAUGAAAGGAAAACUGUGGUAUAAUGAAAGAUGUUUUUCGAACACAGAAAGUUUUGAAGUUGAUUAUAUUACUAUCACUUUCGACAGAAACAGGACCCUCAGUGAGUCCAGUUCUUGUUUUUAUAGUAAAGAACCAUUUCUUGAAUGGUUGCCUUGCUUAGAUUCCACUUAUGAAAGUUCAACAACUGUGGUAACAUUUCUUAUUGAUCAAGAAAGUAAAACUGGAAUUUAUCUCCUCCGUCAUCAGAGAUCUCGGCAUGUUACUGUCUCUGUAUCAAUGCUCAGGGAGGAGAAACCAAGCCCUCGACCAAAAUUUCCAAAUUUUAAAUUUCCUGCCUCAUUCUCUCAUCCAGUUGGAAUGGUGUUUCAUCCCCGAAGCCACUUUCUGUAUGUUUAUGGAGAUCAGGUAGAGCAUUUGCCUGACAUUCAUGAAGUUCUAGGUUUGAUCCCCAACACUAAAAAGACGAUAGUGAGCAAAAUUGUGUUGACAGCUAAAAAUAAAUCUGGAAAUGCUUACAUCAGAAAAGUAUAUAAACACACCAGUUCUCCUUUGGGAUUCGAUACUUCAGUUGUCGCAGAAAUACUCGAACCUUUUGGGAUAGAGGAAAUAAGUGACAGCCCUUGUUUAUCUAGCGGUCUUACCAUUUCAAGUAAUGGAAACAAUUUCUACACUCUUACUCUUACAUCACAAAACCCCAGACAAGUAUUUAAAUCUACAGAUGUUGAAAAGACUGUGGUGAAGCCUGGCCACAGCAGCUUCCUGAUCACAGAAAUUAUAGAUAGCUGGAAUGCUUUAUCCAUAGCUACUAUGCCUCAUACUGUAAAAUCAACCUUGAGAUUUGCCCCAAACACUUGGUUCUUAUACAACUUUGGAUUAAAAGGAGGACGAAAUUGGAACAUACAUUUAAGACCAUGUAAUUACUGGUUUCAAGCAUAUGAUAAAAAUUUUCUAUCUCUCAGUCUUGUGGAGUAUAUUGACGUCGGAAACAAAGCAGAUUUUGAAUUUACUGUUAUUCCUCAUGUAACAAGUUCAAUGCCAGUUCAAGGCCAACCAUUGAGUGUGAUUAUUGGAAACCCAAUGUUAUUGGAAGUUAAGACAGAAGGUCACUAUGACAUCAACGAAAAUUACCAUUUGAAGAUUGACGUAGGUAGCAAAUUUUCACACAAAGGCUCCACGUCGCUGGCGCUGGUUCUGUGGGACGCAUCAACCGAUUGCCUUGUCACGACGCUGGUGACAACCAUGAAGAGCAGCUGCAGUUACCUCAGGACUAUGCACCACGUUCCCGACACUUACAUACCACCUGAAGACUGGACCAGCGGAGUUCACGAGGACAGUCUGGGCUUCAACAUGAUCAAAACUCUGCCGGUAAACUACAGGCCUCCAUCUAAUAUGGGAAUUUCUAUUCCACUGACCGAUAACUUUUAUCAUGCAGACCCUAGCAAACCCAUCCCAAGAAAUCUGUUUCAGAAAUCAAAGGAAACUGGCAAAUACAAACAGUGCGCCAAUGCCACCCGUCGGGAAAUGUGCAACUGCACUGAGCACCAAAAGUUUUCACAUGCUGUCGCUUUCUCGGACUGCAAAGAAAAGGUUCAUCGUUACAAGUUUCCAGUCACACAAUACCCGGUCGUUUUGGAGAUUUUCAAUGAAGGAGAAAAAUUCUCCAUGGAACCCCCAUAUUUGGUUACCGUGACUGAAGUCAAUAUGAGAAAAAACUGGGAAAUAAAACUGAGGAAUUCACUCAGUAGUUAA